AUGUCUUCAAGUCAGUCCUCUCAACAAUCUUCAUCACAACAAAUUUUCAAAAAACGACCCAUCUUGUAUCUGCUGGGAGACUCCAUUACUGAACAAUCCACACGUUUGAAUGGUUUACAUUCACUCCUACUCGACUGGUAUUCAGUAAAAGUCGAUAUCAUCAACCGAGGAUGUUCAGGAUAUAAUUCCGAUAUGAUUUUGGAGGCUUUAAAAAACAAUUUCAAUGAAGCCUUUUAUGAAUGUACUUGUCGUAGGGUACAAACAAAUCAUCAUCAUAAUUCAAACAAGGAAUUAAUUGCUAAUGUUCCAUCAAAUUCUUCAUCAUUACCCACUGUUUCUGUUUUUAUUUGUUUAGGAGCUAAUGAUGCCAGUAGUGAACAUGUUUCAGGUGGUGUCAAACAACAUGUUCCUCUCGUACGAUAUUCCGAGAAUUUACAAGCCAUCAUUCAAUUGUUGAAAACAAAUCUCGCAUAUGCGAGAUUGGAUAUUUUACUUUGUACGCCUCCUCCUGUUCAUACUUUGCAAUAUGCCAAUUAUUUGAAAGAAAAGCAUAACGAUGAUGGAAUUAUAGAAGUGAGAAGUGAAGCAUUGGUGAGACCCUAUGCACAAGCUGUGAGAGAUUUAGUCGAGCAAUAUCACACAAAAAAGACAUUGGAGGAUGAUUGUUCUAAUUUCGCAAUACAUUUGGUUGAUUUAUGGAAAGGUAGUAGCAAUGUGGAGGCAUGGAAACAACAGAGUGCAUUUACUGAUGGAUUGCAUUUAUCAAGUGAUGGAUAUAGAAUCGUUUUUAAAUGUCUGAAAUCUGUCAUUUCCAAACAAGUGCCACAUUUCAAUGCUGAUGCAAUGUCAUUCUCUCAUAUUUAUUGGAGAACGUACUUGGAAUUGGUUCAACAGAAUGGUUCAGAGCAACAUCAACAAUAG